AUCUUAGUUAUCUGAUCUUCAAACGUAAACGCGUGUGAAAAAUAGUCUACGGUUUAGUCUUGCAACGUGUUUGCUGAAUUUCAUCUUUUCUGUAAAAACUAUAAAAUAAAAUAUAUAAAAAUGUCGGAUAUAAAUAUGACGGAAAGUGAAGAUGACCCGGUGGUUAAGGAGAUUCCAGUAUUUUUAUCCAAAACUCUUGAGAAUAAAUUAUUUAUUUUCCAAUAUCCUAUUCGACCUGCUCGAGAUGGAUACGACAAUGCAACAUUUUUGAAAACUUCAAUAAAACCGGAAAAUCAAGAGGUCAGAAUUGAAGUAGCUGUUGAUACAUAUAGCCUUAACUAUGAUAAAAUGAAAGGAAGACAAAUUGCCAUUAAUGCAGAUGGUAAUUCUAAAACUGAACAAGAAGAUGAUGAAAAAGUAUUUGAUAGCGAUCUAAUGGAUAAAACAGUCUUGCAUUCUUCUCGUGCAUUACCAGAAUGUACGAAUUAUGCAGCUGCAGUUUAUCAAGACGGUGAAUUACAUAUCACUCCACUGAAAGGUAUCAUACAAUUAAGGCCACAAUUUAAUUAUCUUGAUAAAAGCGAUAAACGUGCUAGAGAGGAAGCUAAAACUAUAGGUGAAGAUGUUGAGGAAGAAGAUGAAGGCCCUAAACAAGUGAAUGUGACUUUUGAUAGACAAACGCCAGAUUUCCUUAAAAAAAUGCAAGAACAAUCUUUUCAACAUUUUUCCAAAAAAAGUUCAGAAGAAAAGUGGAUACAUACGAACUAUGCUCCAGUCAAUAGUACACAAGCUGAACUGACACGUUUGGAAAUGUUUUGUUCAUCUACUGAAGAAAGUAUAAAUGCAUUAAAUUUAACAAAUAAACAGUAUUUAGAAUUAUUAGCACCACCUAUUAGUCAAGAACAGUAUUCAAAGAGUGAAACUCUAAGUCAUACCACAUCCCUUAAUUAUAUUAGGACAUUACCACUUCUUGAUCAAGUCAGGAUUCUUAUGAAGGAUGCAAAGGUGAUAUCAUUUACUCAGCUACGAUUAAUUUUAUCAUCAGAGCACGAUACUGCAGCCGUAUUGAAAUAUUUGCAGCAAGUAGCAGUUUUAGUGCAAGGGAACUGGGUUGUAAAUAGUGAACUUAUUUAUAUUAAAGAUAGCGUAUCGUCUCAAAAUGGUAUACCAGCAGAACUCAUGUGCAGAGCUAGAGAUUAUAUCUUAUUAUCAUUUACUGAACAACAAUUCCUUGAUCGGAGAGCCAUAUCUACCGUUAUCAAACUUCCUUCGGAGGAAAUAAAAGAGAUAUUUACAAAUUUAGCAAUACAUAUACCAAAAAAAGGAUGGCAAUUAAUCGUACCACCAAAUAAAGAUUUUGCCGAAAAGUAUCCGGAAAUAGCGCAAAGACAAGAGAUGUUCUGGGAGGCCAAACGAAAAUAUUUACGCGAGACGUUAGAACCACAAAAUCAAGUACCACAACGUCAAAGGAGAAGAUCGAAUAGAGAAUCUAUUGGUUCUGAGAACGAAGAAAGAAAUGUAGGUCGAGGAAAAAAAUUGAGGGAUUCAUCGAUUUCGGACGAUAGUGCAUCAGAAACGGUUAAACAUAAGAAAACGAGUCGAUCUAGAAAAGUUUCUGAAACAACAUGACCAAAAGCAUCGAACGAUUAGGACAUAUAUAAAUCUAUAAUAGCGUUUAUAGGCAUUGUUAUUAUAUCCAAAAUAAUGAAUUAUCUCAUCUGUACAAUUAUAGUGAAGUGUUUGUUUAAUACACUGCCGUAAAAUAACCGUCUUCGUGGUGUAGUGAUUGUUAACAUCGUUGCUUCUCACUAGGAGACUCACCAUCUGGGUUCAAUUCACGGCACUGUCCCUUGAGAUUUUUUUCAGGAGACAGUGAGUUUGUAAUCGAGGCUGAUCCAGCCUCGUGAAGAUAAUUAAUUGGGAAACUAUUUGAUACAAGAGGUAGUGAUCCGAUCACGAAAACCGAAUAACAUGCUGAACACGCUUUUCUCCAGAACUGCAGGCCCUUGGGACCGGCUAGCAAUUAUUUCGUAGGCCUAAGUCCCAGUGCAAACUGUCGUGCCAGGAAAAAGAAAAACCUGUCGUACGGUAAAUACAUUAAGAAAAAUAUUAAAAUGACAUAGUAAAACAAAUGGUGUGAAGUAACAUUUUUAUCGUCACGUAUAUACAAUAUAAUAAUAACAAUUUGAUUACAUUCGAAGAAAUGAUUUAUCGUUCGUAAACAUAGCGUUUUUAUUCUAUUAAAAAUAUUUUUUAAGAACGAAUGAUUUAUUUAUUAAUCGUUGAUUAUAUGUGUUUAUAAUUUGUUAAACAUUUAUAUUAAGUUUUACUUUAUAUUGUAAACAUUUUCCUUGAAUGUAAUUGUAAUUAAGCAUAUAUAUAUGAGAUUAAUAACUAAUAAUAAGAAAUAUUAUCAUUCGAUAUUUUUCUAUAUAAUGCAAUUCUUUUUGUAUGGCUAUAUAACAUGUUUAGUAAAAACCUUAUGGAUAAGAAAAUUAAGAAUUAAUUAAUGUACAUAUAAUUCUAAAUCUAUACGAAUUUAAUUAUUACUUAAGAGAUACAGAAAAAAAAUAUAUAUAUAUGUGUGUAUUCUUUUUUAUUUUUUAACGUUGUUUACUUCUGACUGAUUUUUCAUUAUAUUACAUAAUUAAUUUUUACAUAUAAAAAAUCUAACAACAAUAAAAAAUAAUGGGAUAUGUAUAAAAAGAACUUAUCACAAGUUUAAGGAUGCUAUUCUUAAAAUACAUAUACACACAUAUGUAUCUAUUACCGUGUAUAUAAUUAACGAUGUACAUACACAUAUAUAUAUGUGAUUAUAUUAUAAUUUAUCUGCAUUAUGGUCUCUUUUUAUAUUUACAAAAUAUGUUUUAUUUAUUAUGGAAAAUACAUAAAUAUAUAAAACAGAAAAAGGGAAGAAAAUGUGAAAAUAUUACUUUACUUCAAAUCCACAUGGACAGGUUUCUCUUUGCUAUCCACGAAACUCGUAUUUAUAUUUUUAUAAUCGCUUGAAAUUUUUUAUGUUUAUAUUAUGUAUAUUCCAAUAACCGUUCGUUAUAGCCAUAAGAAAAGAAAAAAGAAAACAACAUUGUAUACACGUACGUUCACCGCAAACUCCGGAGAGAGAAUUUUCCCCUUUACGAUUAGCAAGGCAUUUCCUGUAGAGUUACGUUUGCCAUUACCAGCAACGUAAAUGGAUAGGCAGUAAGCGAGAUAUCUCAUUAUAUACCAGGUGUGGUACUGUUCAGGUGUAAAGCGAUCUGUAAUAUACUAUAAAGUUUAAACAAAUUUAA